UUUUUCAUUAAUCAAUUUACAUUAUGUUUAUUUUGUUUUUUGUUUAAUCAUUAUUUUUGUUUGUGAAAUAUAAUUUAUUUAUAAUAAAAAAUACACCGGUAUUUAUUAAACAGUUGAAGAAUUAUCUUGUUGUGGUAAACAGAGCAUUUCGAUAGCUGAAUAAUAAAUUUAUAAAUUAAUAAUAAUUAAUUAAUUUAGAUGUUCAAAGAAAUGUGUCACAGGACGAAUAAUUAUUUUCGACUGAUAUGGAAAAAAUAAUGUUGAUAAAAAUAUUAUUAAUUUUAUUUUAUUUACAAUAUAAUAAUGGACAACUCAUUAGAGACACAAGAUGUUUUUUGGAACAUGGUGCAACGGCGUCACACCUGUUUGUCAGUGAGGAUAAAAAUAUUGGUGAUAUCAUUGGGAUUAUUGGUGUUCUUGGUGAUCCAAGUGUUGAUGGUGAUAUAGAAUUACGUUUACAAGAACAUGAUAGCCCAGUAACAAUAUUACCUCAUUCACGUAAUUUAACAUUAGUUAAAAAAAUUGACAAAGAAGGCAUUGAUGGACCAGCAAGUGUAUUUAUUAAUAUUAUAUGUGAAAGACGUCAUACAUUGGAUCCGGGAUUUGUGAUACCAGUUAAUAUUCGAAUUACUGAUGCCAAUGAUAAUGCACCCCAAUUUGUUAAUGCACCCUACAUUUUAAAUAUUUCCGAGGUAACAGUGGUAGGUACAAGGGUUUUGCAAGGUGUUAGAGCAAUUGAUGCUGAUCAACCAGGUCCUUACUCAACAGUGCAAUAUGCUGUACUUCCUGGUCCACAUUCAGAUUAUUUUGUAUUUAUAAAUGCACUGGAAGGAACAUUAGUAUUAAAAAAACCUCUGGAUUAUGAAACUUUAAAAAAUUUUACAGUGAAUAUACGUGCACAGGAUCAAGGUAAUCCACCACAAUCAUCUGUUACAACAUUGUCAGUAAAUGUCAUUGAUGCUGAUGAUCAAAAUCCAACAUUUUUACAUGAUCAAUACAGAAUUAUUAUUUCUGAUAAAAAUAUGUUGAGAGUUGAGCCAGAACCCAUUGAAGCGAGAGAUCAAGACGUGGGAAUAAAUGCACCUAUUAAAUAUACCAUUCAAGGAGGUAUUCUUUCUUUUCUUAAUCUCAAUUCUGAAACUGCUGAAAUAACGCUUUUACACCCAUUAAUGGAACAUGAAUUAUCUACACCAAUAACAAUGGUUAUAAAGGCAACACAAAUUGAUAAUCAAGAUCGAUACAGUCUUGCAACUGUUAUUGUUACAAGAGGAAAUUAUCAUGACAUGAGCUCAAGUUAUACAAAUGGAGUGUUACCAGUUAAAUUUGUAUUGAAAGAAUUCAUCACAAGUGUUGCUGAAAAUACACCAGCUGGUACUAUUGUUUUAAGAAUUGGUGUUAAUAAAAUAGAUCCAAAAUUAAAAUUUUGGCUAGAAGGUUUAUCUGAAGAAUUAGAAAAAUUUUCUAUAACUCAUACUGGAGAACUUGUUCUUAAACAAACAUUGGAUUAUGAAAAAAAAAUUCAACAUAGUUUUUUCGUUCAUACAACUGAUGGAUUAAAUAAUGAUACUGCACGUGUUAAUGUAUCAGUUGAAGAUAUUAAUGAAUGGGAUCCAAGAUUUCGACAUCCAAGAUAUGAAUUUCAUGCUCGAACACUUCGUGUUGGUUCAAUUGUUGGAAGACUUGAAGCAGCUGAUGGUGAUCGAGGUGAUCGAGUGUCAUUGUCACUUCGUGGACCCGAUGCAAGAAUGUUUGAAAUUCGUGACAAUGGUGAACUGAUUCUCACUUCAACAGGCCCAUUUAAUAAUUCACUAGCUCGACUUGUUGCUGUUGCUUCAGAUACUGGUAAACCACCUCGUACAAGUAUGAUACCAUUAAUUGUUCACAUUCCAAGUGGUUUACAAUCCCCACCACUUGCUGCUCGUGCUGCUCCAGUUUGGCUCAAUGGAAGUAUUCUUUUAGUUGCUGUUUUUGGUGUUGUACUUGGUCUACUUGGUGUUGUUAUAUUAAUUCUUAUUCUUUAUAUUUACAAACAAAAACGUCCAAAACAUAGUGGUUCAAUAAAUUCAAUUGGUAGUGGUUAUCGAGGUAAAUCACCUGUUCCAUCAGCUUUAAGUUCAAGUCCACAAAUACUUGGUGCCAGUGUAAUAAGUGAUGAACCACCAAAAUCAACAUCUAGAAAAUCUCGUGUAUCAAAUCCUGUUUUUGGUGAAGACAAUAUAAAUCCAUAUAAUACUGGUACAAAUGAAACUACAGAGACAUCAAGACCAACUGGAAUUAUUCCAACUUUUAAUAGAAGAAAAGUUGCUCCAUUACCAAGUACACCAUCUCUAUCAGCAACAUCAAAUAUUCCAAAUAUCGGUGGAUUAGUUCAGAACAUGAAUGACUUGAGUGCUCGAAUGAAUCUUGAUACAGUAUCACAAAAUUCAUCAAGCUUUUCAGUUGAUCCACCUGACUCAUUAAUUAAUCCAGUUUGGCCAACUGGUAAUUCUCAACAUGUUAAAAAAUUAUCAUGGAAUGAAGAUAGCAGAACUGGAGAAAGUAUUGUUGAUGCAGCUGGUGCUGGAAAUAGUCAUCAAGGUCCAGAAAAAUUAAACCUUACAGUAUACUUUUGAUUUGUAAUUAGAAUUUGUUUGUUUUUUUUUUUUUUUUCUAUAUAUUUUUCAUAAUUUAUAUGAAAUAAAUAGCCAUAAAUUUUUAAUAUUGAACAGUAAAUAUAUUUGAUGAAGAAAAGUUCAGCUGGACUGAUUAAAUAUUUAAUUUCGUUGGCUAUUUGGAACGCAUGCUCCUUCAACUUCUUGAUAACCAUCACAACAUUCUGCAAUUCGAAUUUCUUUUUCUACAAUCUGAAAUUAUUUAUGAAUUUUUAAUAAAUUUUUUUAUUUAUUAAUAAAUAACAGUUGAACAUACCGGUUGAAUAAUUUUCGUUCUGUUGACAUUUGCACUCUCAAUUUUUGGUUCACGUACAAAUUUUUUUACUAUGCGAUCACAGACAUUUGGCCCUUUGAGUUUUGACACAGUAAAAUUAAUCAACAUUGCGACAAUUAAAUAAAUGAUAAAUUUUCUUACGAAUGACAUCUUUUUUUUUUUUUUUUUGUUUUUAGUAAUUCAGAUUUCAACGAGUGUGUAUUGUCAUCAACGUUUGUACUAUUAAUAAAUUAAUUAUGUAUUUUUAUUAGUCGUAGAAAAAAUAAGGUGAUCUGAAUUAAUGUCAUUGGACUUGAAAGUUUAUUUUUAGAAACAAAUUAAGUAUAUCAAUUUUAAAUAUCCAAUC